UGCCAUCUCCAACUCGCCAAAGACCAACAAACAUUCGGGCGGCGUAAUUCGUCAGCGCACCGAAAAUUUUAAGAAAAAAGAAACAAUCGAGUUUCACCUGUGCGCGACUUGUGCAAACGUCAUUGCGAGCCGUUGAAAAGUCGGGGAACAGUACGUCGGCGGAGAAGAGCAGAGGAAACAGAUAGUAACUGGCAAACAUGAGGCUGUUCGCGGCAGCAACAGUUGCGCUUGUACUGCUUUUGGGGGGCCAAGCAGCUGGCGAGGAGCUGACGGAGGAGCGAGAGAGCUUGGAGACGGCUGAGACAACUACGGAGCAGCAGGCGGUGAGCGAGCCACCGAUCAAGCUGGUCCAUGUCCUCAAUCCUGGAGAGCGAGAGUAUCUGUCGCCCAAUCUGAUUGGGGUUCAGAACAUCGCCAUGACCUUCCUGCCCCUCUCGAUGAACUUUGUAAAUAUUAUUGACGCCUUUCGGGAGAUCACCAGCGGCGUGCGCUACGAAAUCCUGCUUAAUGCAGAGAACACGAAAGUGAAGCCACCCGCGGAAGCGGACACCAUCUGCCGGCUGGUCAUUCUGGAGAAGCCCUGGUUGCGCACCCAAUGGGGUGACAAGCACCGUGAGCUGGUCACUUCCAACUGCACUGAUUCAGCGGAGAAUUCGGUUGGUGGAGAACCGGAGGAUAAGGCACGGCUGCUCAACGAGAAAUACGUCCUUCGUAGCCGCCGCAGUUUUAAUGACAUACCCGUGGGUGAAGCUAAGCCUUACGAUGAAGAGUCGGCAAAGGCGCAACUACAGGGCUCCCUGGACAAACUGACUGAAGGCGAGGGUCCCCACUACAAAAUCGUGAAAGUUUACUCAGCCUCACGUCAGGUGGUGUCGGGCACCUUGACUCGCAUUGACGCGGACCUAAUCGACGGUUCUGGAGCUCAGCACCGGUGCAUCGUGGAGAUCUGGUCGCAAGUAUGGACAAAAACCCCCACCCACGAAAUCACUUUCAAGUGCCGAAACCAGCCCGUGGUCCAGGCCCGUCACAGUCGAUCCGUGGAGUGGGCCGAGAAGAAAACUCACAAGAAGCACAGCCACCGGGCGUUGGACAAGGUGGAGCACCUGUUCCACAAGUUCCAGGUGCGAUUCGGCCGGCGCUACGUGAGCACUGCCGAGCGCCAGAUGCGACUGCGUAUCUUCCGCCAGAAUCUGAAGACAAUUGAGGAACUAAACGCCAACGAAAUGGGCAGUGCUAAGUACGGCAUCACCGAGUUUGCGGACAUGACUAGCUCGGAGUACAAGGAGCGCACGGGAUUGUGGCAGCGGGAUGAGGCGAAAGCCACUGGCGGAGCGCAGGCUACAGUGCCUUCCUACUCCGGCGAACUGCCCAAAGAGUUCGAUUGGCGCCAAAAGAACGCCGUCACCCAGGUCAAGAACCAAGGAUCCUGCGGUUCUUGCUGGGCCUUUAGUGUAACGGGCAACAUCGAGGGCCUUUACGCCCUAAAAUACGGCGAGCUGAAGGAAUUCUCAGAGCAGGAGCUCCUCGACUGUGAUACCACCGAUAGUGCCUGCAACGGUGGUCUUAUGGAUAAUGCCUACAAAGCCAUUAAGGAUAUCGGCGGACUGGAGUACGAGGCCGAGUAUCCCUACAAGGCCAAAAAGAAUCAGUGCCACUUCAACAAGACCCUGUCCCAUGUUCAGGUCUCUGGCUUUGUGGACUUGCCCGCGGGCAACGAAACCGCCAUGCAGGAAUGGCUGGUGACCAACGGACCCAUUUCGAUUGGUCUCAACGCCAAUGCAAUGCAGUUCUAUCGCGGCGGUGUCUCUCACCCCUGGAAAGCCCUCUGCUCUAAGAAAAACCUGGACCACGGUGUGCUGAUUGUCGGCUACGGCGUCUCCGACUAUCCCAACUUCCACAAGACCCUGCCCUACUGGAUCAUCAAGAACUCCUGGGGUCCGCGCUGGGGAGAGCAGGGAUAUUAUCGCGUCUAUCGCGGCGACAACACCUGCGGCGUCGCCGAGAUGGCCACAUCGGCUGUGCUUGCCUAGACUUGAUUUGCCACCAUCUUAUAUAUAUAUAUAUACACACUUGCGACUAUAUCUAGGUUAAUGUUUGAGUAACAAGUAACUUUGUGUACAAUCUCCCUUCCAAGGUUCUCCAAACGACGCAACGAGGAAAUCGUUAAGUUCUACAGAUUCGCAUAAACAGUAUAAUCAUUUUGGCCAUCUGUAAUCUCACACAAUAAAUCUGCAUCCCUCAUACUCCGCUAAUAAAUUUAAUGAAAAUAAAUUGUACAAGAAUUAAAUAAUAACUGAUUCGUACAUA